AUGAAUGUGGACAUCUCAGGUCCUCAUCGUACACAGAAAGCAGAAGACCAGGACGUCGCCUGUCCGAGAUAUUUUAUCGUGUGUAACUACUCUUUUCCCCUGUUCCAGCAUCCUCUAUCUCAGACUGAGAAGGAGGAUGUUCCCCAGGAUGUCCCUAUACCAGAUGAGUUUGAGGAAGAACCGCCAGAAGAUGCUGUGCCUGGGGUGGGAGGGGUAGUAGAUGGGGAGGACUGGGAGAUCGCCGAAGAACCAGAUGAACGGGGAGACGACUGGAUCGAUGAGGUCCUGAAUAUCCCGUUGUUAGAGAUCCUUCCUAGUAAGUCCCCUCAAGCCAUUAUAAGUGCGUUGAACCGCUUCUAUGCCAAACUACGUGAGGGCCCUGCUAUUCUCAGCAAACGCACCUGCACUGCUGUGGCCGCACGCGGCCAGAUAUGCGUGCGCAUCUCUUCAGCGCCGAGCUUUGCUUCAGGUGUGGCCUACCGGGGCUGUGGUUGGGCGCCCGUGCCCAUCUGGCUGCUUACCGGCAUUGUCAAGCAAGUCAUGCCGUCCUUGACCUUCAACGCUUUGUCCUUGUCCUGGUGUGCCUGCUUCAAAGUGCAUCGUGAUGUGCAUAACGAGUGGGACACUCCCAACGUUGUGAUUCCUUUCCUCAUGCCGGCUACUGGGGGUGACUUGUGGCUUUCCUUGGUGCCAGGGGAUGUGGUGCAAGGGGAGGUGCAGUUGAAAGAGUUGCCUGAUGGCAAAGCGCAGGCAGGUCAGGUGUUGAAGCUAAAAAAGUGGACAGCAUGCAGCUUUGAUGCCCGCCGGUGGCACGCAACUACCUCUUAUGGCCCAGAUGAACAACGACUUGUGCUGGUAGCAUACACUGCCGCCAUUAUGCGCAAUCUCCAGCCGGGAGAUUUUGAGGCUUUGCGUGCUGGCGGCUUUCCACUUGGGGCUCACACGUGCCCGGCAGAACGCUGUGUCGGGGCUGAUCUGCCUUCCUCAGUUCAGCCGGGGGAGUCCGCUCUUUUUGCCGUGCCCGUCCUUCGGAAAUCUUGUGAACCCGGGGAGCAACCUCUUGUGCUGGGAAAAUCUGAAGCACAUGCCUUACCUGUCCUUGGCUCGUCUGGUGAUCCGGGGGAGUCCAACACCUGUGCCACGCAUGUGCUUGCAACGUCGUGUGAGCUGGGGGAGCAGUGUGAAACUAUCCAACGGUCCAACAAGCCAGGCGUGCGAGCCUUCCACCCAUUCCCUGUGUGGUAUCACAGCGUGCCGCUGCCUAGCGUGGAGCCGGUUGACCCGGCUAUUCUUGGAGACAUGCCUGAGGUGGAAGGAGAUGAGGAGGAUGUAAGGGACCAAGAAACGGCGCUGGCAAAGGACAUGCAAGCCGGAAGCCAGGUCUUGGCUGAGGCUACAGCGAACUUGAUAGCAAGGGGCAAUGCAGAGAUUCAAGUACUUGAGGGUGACCUGGAAUAUCUUGCCAGCUGUGAAAACUACGACCCUGAAAUAGAGGGACCCCAAAACCAGGAUGCUAGUCUGCGUUCAAUAACUGUAGAAGAAGGGGAGCAGUUGUGGCAAACAAAAAUUGUUUCCAUUACAGAUGUCAUGGCAGACAUAAAAUCUUGGACACCUGCACUUGAGGCGGAACUGCUCUCUUUGACAGAGGUUAAUGAGGCAACUGGCGUGAUUACAGAGGACGAGGUCCGAGCACUAGAAGCGGACCCUGAGCUUCAUGUGGUCCGUCUGCCUGGGAAAAUUGUUGCAGUAAUAAAGUCGGUUACGUGGGAGGGGGCUACCGGGCACACUAUGCGUCUUGUGCAAACCAAGUCCGAUGUAUCCAUGUGGCUUAUCUGGGAUACUGUAGAGGAGUGCAUCAAAGGAUCUUUGGGAGUUUACGUUGAUGACUUGUUAUUUAUGGCUGAUACCCCAGAGCUUAAAAAGGCGAUGCAAGCUGUGCAGGGCAUAUGGACGUGUUCUGCGCCAGCAUUUGCGACAGAUGAGCAAGGACUAAAGUUUUGCGGUCUUCAAAUUUGGAAAAAAGGGGAUAUGCUUCAUGUAGGCCAGCCAGAUUAUAUCAAGGACUUAGCAAGUAGAUACCCUGAGAUGACUGCAUCUCUACACUUGCCCGACCUAAGAAUUGACCCCGAACCUGAAGAGGUAGAAGUGUCCGCAAUUCGCUUGGGGCAGAAAGUAGUAGGAGAGCUCACCUGGGUUGCCAACCGUUCUAGACCGGAUAUUUCCUUUUCAGUGAAUAGACUGAGCAAGCUGGUGUUAAAGUAUCCCAAGUACGUUUUGCAAGCAGGCAAGCAGUUGAUUCGAUACCUCCUGGCAACCGUCGACCUUGUGCUGAGAUAUGGACCGAAGCUUCCUUUGCCACAGGAUUUCGUAGAAUCCCUAGUGAAAGAGCCUGCUGCUUCAGACUUGUGCACAUAUGCAAAUGCCUCCUUCGGUCAACAGGAUGGUCGGUCCAAUCCUAAAACAAAGAAGCAGUCAAGCGCCUUGGACUCCACCAAUAUGCCUGCCCUGCCAUCAACAGCGGUCAGAUUGCUUGUGCUGUUCAACUGUGUCAAUGCCGUCCGAGCACAACAGUUCGUGAGCUGGAAUCCGCAAGUGCAAAUCUUCCCAUUCCUUCUGGGAACCCUCUUUUGCGCAGUCAUACUUCUUGGAUGUGGGUUCUGGUGGCUGCGACAGGAGUUGAAGCAUACCCGACUGAGGCUCCUGCGAGCCUUAGCUUCUGAAGCACGUUUGGAAGCAAACCUGGAGAGGUUUCGUGAGACCGUAGCAACGGCGCCUGUCCAGCUGAGUGAUGCUGGAACGGUUCAGGAGGGCAGUGUAGGGGAACCUGAACAGGAGCUAGGACCAGAAGUGAUGGUCGGCCCAUAUGGACUACGUGCUGUUCUUUGCAGAAUGGGAGGACUCGUGCUGCGACUACUGGAUCCCAAUGCUGCUCAGGUGUUCUGGCUUCGGGCGUUAGCUGGAGGAUGGAGAUACCUGGUGGCGGAGGCUUAUGAGCGAACUCAAGUGAGAGUUCGCCCUGAACUUGGUGAGGUGUCCGAGGACAGCAGCACGGAUACAAAUGAGCAACAACCAGAACCAGGCCUCGAAGAAGUGGAUGAUUCUGCUUAUGUCAUGGGGGCCUCCGACCCUUACGACCCUUACAUGGAUCUCACACCAAGCGAGCGUGCUAGGGUUGAUCCGAACAACUACAAUCCUUCACCUGCAGCAUCUAUGGAGAACGAUGGAACCUUGGCAAACUCACUGAGGAACGUGCUGUCGCUGAACGGCAUACUCAUGAUUGCAUACUUGGGUCCAGAUGAGCCGGGAACUUGGGCAUGGCAUUUGGCGUCAGCUGACUUCAAGUGGUCAGUGCCGCACGCCCGAGGGACAUUCCUGGCAUACCGAGACUAUCUGCGGCGACAAACGGGUCUAGCUGGGCCCCUUGGGAUAUACAUAGACGAUGCAGCUCCGGGAUUACAGCCGGAGCUAUCUGACGACGGAGACGAUGAGCUUGCAAGGGCGGCUUUUCUCCUGUAUCAGAAUGACCUGAGGUUUGACUGGGAACAGCUUCCAGAGCGACAACAAGAUGUGUAUCACGAGCUCGUCGGAAAUUGGCUGAUGAGCAUUUCAGAAGUGGAUUGA